AUGUCCGACUCACAGGGUCAAACGAUCAUCACCAUAUCGGUCAUAUUUGGGAUACUCAGCGUCCUUGUCAUAGCUUUGCGCCUCUACGCUCGAGUAUUUAUCCUUGGGAAGAUAGGUCUGGAUGACGGUGAGUUCUUUCUCUCAUAUCUGACUUCGCAAGCUAACGGGAAGCANGUUCUAAUCUGUAUCACGGCUCUUCUCGCAUGGGCCUUCAUCGUUGCCACAAUCAUUGCGGUCCAACAUGGACUGGGCUCACACUUCGACGAGGUCAGAGCGAGAGGUCCUAGUAAUCUGAACAGCUACUUACAGACUGUUUGGCUGUCUUCAAUCUUCUACAAUGCUUGUCUAGGCUUUCUGAAGUCCUCCAUCCUCGCAUUCUACCUUCGUCUUGGAGAUAAGCAGCUGAAACGUCUCGCGCAAAUUCUGCUAGCGAUUGUUGUUUGCCAGGCUAUCGCCAACGUCUUCACAUGCAUCUUUCAAUGCACACCGGUCGCUGCGGCAUAUACGUUAGAGCUCCAAACGACCGCUAAAUGUAUCAACAUUUCGGCAUUCUAUCUGACAAACGCGGCGUUGACGAUAUUGACGGAUUUGUUGACUUAUAUCUUGCCUUUCCGCUUGGUUCGCAAGCUGCAAAUUCCUCGCAGACAAAAAAUCGGCCUAGGCAUUAUGCUUGGGCUCGGUCUAUUGAUCACAUAUAUCCCGAGUAUGCUCUUCUCAAAAGAUCCGACCUGGACGAUCUCAGGACCCAUGUACUGGAGCGUGAUCGAGACCAGCGUUGGAAUCCUGACCGCAUCGAUGCCUGCAUUCAAAGCCAUAGCUAAGAAAUUCGCGCCCAAGCUACUGGGCGGCUCCUACGACUCCAACCGAUACCCAUCGCGAUCCGUACACGUCAAAGUCGGCAGCAGCGGCUUUCACAAGAUNGGGGGUACAGCAGGAAGCCAUCAUAUGGCCCUCGAUACGAUUGACCGGGAUCUGGGCAUGUCAAAAGGUCGUUUCCAGACUACUAUCAACCAGGAUACCGACAGCGUGUCAAGUGAAGAGGCAGCUCUACAUCCACCAAACAGAAUCGGUGUGACGAGACACGUCCACGUAGAAGGAGAAUCUCGGAGUGCCUAUGAGGAGAGAAACUCACUCGGCUCCCACAAAGACCACAGGGAGCUCUCAUGA